CACGCGGACGGCGCUUUUUUGGUUCGUUUGCCCCCCCCCCCCCCAACCCCCACCCCCCGCCGAGCGCGCACGAUGACGCCUGGACGCCACCUGUGAGGCCCGCCUCAACACGACCCGCCGCCCGCCGCCAACCUCCCGGCACGGACGCGCUCGGCAAGCCGGCUCGCAGUCACCGCCGCUCGGCUACACGUCGGCUCGUCGUCCGCUUCCACGGAAGACAGAAGAAGAAGGAGAAGACGCGACCAUGACUUCGGAGAAGAAAGUGGAGGACGAGGCGGUCCUGGACCGAGGGGCGUCUUUCGUCAAGCACGUUUGCGACGAAGAGGAAGUGGAAGGUCACCACACGGUGUACAUCGGCGUUCACGUUCCCAAGAGCUACCACCGCCGCAGACACCACCGCCGCAAGUCCAGCCACAAGGAGAGGCGGGAGCGCGCCGAGCACAGCGCCGAGGGCUACAAGUCGGACGGCGACAACGCGGACGACGUCGGCGCCAGUCUCCUCAAGCCGCUCAUUUCCCCGGCGGAGAGGAUCCGCUUCAUCCUCGGUGAGGAAGAUGACGGCCCCCCGCCUCCUCAGCUCUUCACCGAGCUGGACGAGCUGCUGGCGGUUGACGGGCAGGAGAUGGAAUGGAAGGAGACUGCCAGAUGGAUCAAGUUUGAGGAGAAGGUGGAGAAGGGCGGCGAGCGCUGGAGUAAGCCCCACGUGGCCACGCUGUCGCUGCACAGCUUGAUGGAGCUCAAGACGUGCAUCGAGAAGGGCACCAUCAUGCUGGAUCUGGAGGCCUCCACGUUGCCGCAAGUCGUCGAGAUGGUGACUGACAGCCAGAUCGAGAGCGGCCAGUUGAAGGCGGAUCUGAAGGAGAGGGUUAUGUACACGCUGCUACGCAAGCAUCGCCACCAGACCAAGAAGUCUAACUUGCGCUCGCUGGCCGACAUCGGCAAAAGCGUCUCCAGCGCGAGCAGGCUGUUUUCCAGUCAGGAGAAUGCGCGCAACCUCACCGAGCACCCGGUGCCUUGUUUAUCCCCACAUGAGCCAGAAGACCCCUGUGAGGUCCUGAGGAGUGCCAGCAUGGGAUACCUCUGUAGUCCAACCACGGCCCAUCGCACCCUCACCUCCAACAGCCUGAGCGACUUCUCGGACAAACCGGAGAAGGAUCAGCUGAAAAACAAGUUCAUGAAAAAGCUCCCCCGCGAUGCCGAGGCAUCCAACGUGCUGGUGGGCGAGGUGGACUUCCUGGAGAGCCCCUUCGUGGCGUUCGUCCGCCUGCAGCACGCCGUCAUGCUGGGAGCGCUCACCGAGGUGCCGGUGCCCACCAGGUUCCUUUUCCUGCUGCUGGGCCCCAAAGGAAAAGCAAAGUCGUACCACGAGAUCGGAAGAGCCAUCGCCACCCUGAUGUCCGACGAGGUGUUCCACGACAUCGCCUACAAGGCCAAGCACCGGCAGGACCUGCUGGCCGGCAUCGAGGAGUUCCUGGACGAAGUCAUCGUGCUGCCCCCUGGCGAGUGGGACCCCGACAUCAGGAUAGAACCGCCCAAGUCGCUGCCGUCCUCAGACAAGAGAAAGAACCAUUAUGCUGGCUUGGAACCCCCGUCCAUGAACGGCGAUUACCCUCAUGACGAAGGUCAAGGCGGGGGCGGAGGUCACCAGGUCGGCGAGGAGCUGCGGUGCACCAGAAGGUUCUGCGGGGGUCUGGUUCUGGACGUGAAGCGCAAGCUGCCGUUUUUCGCCAGCGACUUCUACGACGCGCUGCACAUCCAGUCGCUGUCCACCAUCUUGUUCAUCUACCUGGGCACGGUCACCAACGCCAUCACCUUCGGGGGGCUGCUGGGGGACGCCACGGAGAGCAUGCAGGGAGUGCUGGAGAGCUUCCUGGGCACGGCUCUGACGGGCUCGGUGUUCUGCCUGCUGGCGGGUCAGCCCCUCACCAUCCUCAGCAGCACCGGACCCGUUCUGGUCUUCGAGAGGCUCCUCUUCAACUUCAGCAAGGACAACGGCUUCGACUACCUGGAGUUCCGUCUGUGGAUCGGCCUGUGGUCGGGCGUCUUCUGCCUGAUGCUGGUGGCGACCGACGCCAGCUUCCUGGUGCAGUAUUUCACGCGCUUCACCGAGGAAGGCUUCUCGGCGCUCAUCAGCUUCAUCUUCAUCUACGACGCCUUCAAGAAGAUGAUCAAGCUGGCGCACCACAACCCCAUCAACGCGCGCUUCCGCGCCGACCUCGUCACCCAGUUCGACUGCAGCUGCGAGCCCGGCAACACCACGGACCUCUUUGACGCCGCCGCCUGGACAAACAGUUCCGACCUGUCGGAGAAUGCCACGUGGGUGUCCCUGAGCCGUAGUCAGUGCGUCAAGUACGGCGGGCGACUGGUGGGCGAGGCCUGCGGCUACGUGCCUGACAUCACCCUCAUGUCCUUCAUCUUGUUCUUUGGCACCUACACUUGCUCCAUGGCGCUCAAGAAGUUCAAGACCAGCCGCUUCUUCCCCACCAAAGUGAGGAAGCUGAUCAGUGACUUUGCCAUCAUCCUGGCCAUCCUCCUCUUCUGUGGCGUCGACGCUCUGGUGGGCGUGGACACCCCCAAGCUCAUAGUGCCAAGCGAAUUCAAGCCCACCAGUCCGUCUCGAGGCUGGUUCAUCCCUCCCUUCGGGGGCAACCCCUGGUGGGUGUACCUGGCCUCCGCCCUCCCCGCCCUGCUGGUCACCAUCCUGAUCUUCAUGGACCAGCAGAUCACGGCGGUCAUCGUCAACAGGAAGGAGCAUAAACUCAAGAAAGGGGCGGGGUACCACCUGGACCUGUUCUGGGUGGCGAUUCUGAUGAUGGUGUGCUCCUUAAUGGGCCUGCCCUGGUACGUGGCCGCCACCGUCAUCUCCAUCGCGCACAUCGACUCGCUCAAGAUGGAGACCGAGACGUCGGCGCCAGGAGAGCAGCCCAAGUUCCUGGGAGUCAGGGAGCAAAGGGUCACCGGAAUCAUCGUUUUCAUCCUGACCGGACUUUCCGUGUUAAUGGCCCCCGUCCUCAAGUUCAUUCCCAUGCCGGUGCUGUAUGGCGUCUUCCUCUACAUGGGCGUGGCCUCGCUCAACGGCGUCCAGUUCAUGGAUCGCCUGCAGCUGCUGCUGAUGCCCGCCAAGCACCAGCCGGACCUGAUCUACCUGCGCCACGUGCCCCAGCGCCGCAUCCACCUGUUCACCUUCAUCCAGGCCUUGUGUCUGGCGCUCCUCUGGGUGCUCAAGUCCACCGUCGCCGCCAUCGUCUUCCCCGUCAUGAUCUUGGCGUUGGUGGCCGUGCGCAAGGCCAUGGACUACGUGUUCUCCCAGCACGACCUGGGCUACCUGGACGACGUCAUCCCCGAGAAGGACAAGAAGAAGAAAGAGGACGAGAAGAAGAAGAAGCACAAGAAGAAGGGCAGCAUCGACUCGGAAAACGACUUUUCCGACUAUCCCUACCAUGACAAUAUUCCCAGUAUAAAAAUCUCCAUGGAUUUGAUGGAGCAGGAGCCCAUGUUGGGGGACAAGUCUUUGGCUAGAGACUCAUCGCAGACUGCCCUCAACGCACAUUCGCCGUGCUGAGCACCGCUUGGAGUCGUCCACCGUGGCCGAGUACCCUUGAGAGAGGCGCAUACACCCAAGCGUCACCUCACAUCCGAAUCGACGGCGACGCCGAGGGCAACACUUUUUUCUGGAAAAAAGCCUCUGAAACGGACCUGUGAAAAGAUCUGACGAGCAACUCAUGAAUUUUUUUUUUUUUUUUUUUUUUUUACUCACCCUAGAGCUAUUUUUUAAAUAUCCCUUUACAAUCACAAAUGGCUGGAUCUAUUUUUUAUCAUUGUUAUGACAAAGCCUUGUGUAAUUUUGUUAAUACAAUGUGGACUUUUAAUUAUGAUUUUUCUUUUUUUCCGAUUUGAUUUUAUUAUUAUAGCUAUAUAAAAGGUAAUUUAUUCAACUAAUAAUCACGAGCCGGGAUUGUAUUUUCCCGAAUAAUCCAAUCAACCCAAAAACAUUUUAUUUUAUUUUUUUAGCUUAAACUCCAGUAAAAAAUAUUUUUAUAAUGCAAUUUAAUUCCCCCUGUAUUUAUUUAAUGGCUAGUUAUUUUAUCAUGAGCCUGGAUUGUUUUUUCUCUAAAUAAUCCAGUUCGCCAAAUAGUCUUUUUUUUUUUUUUUUUUUUUGUAGGUUAUACUCCAAUAAAAUAAUACUUCUUUUAUCCCCCCCACCCCCCAAAUUUGUUUCAUUUUAUUCAUAUAUCGUUUUUGGGGGGUUUAAACUCCAGCAGAUAACAUUUUUCAUAUUUGGAUUUAUUCCUGUAUUUAUUUUUCCAUGGCUAUGUCUUUAUUCGUAGACCUUUUGUGGUCUGCAUCCUCUUUAAAGAAUCUCAUUCUGCAUAUAUGAUUUAUGAAUAAUAAUGUAGUUCUACCUCUGAUUUCUCUGUAGGUGCCAGACAUUUAUCAUUGUGUGCAAUUAUGGUUGUGAUCAAAACACUGAUUUGGAAAAAUUUUUUUUUUUUUUUGCAAAUUUUCCUUCCUUCCUUCCAAGUGACACUGCGUAUAUGUCACUUUUUUUUUCUUUCUUCAAAAGCAUUUGAGUUUUUAUUUAUUGUGAUUUUAAUUUUUUUUUGUCAAACUACAGAAUUAUCUGUCUAUUUGAGUUGAAUAAUCCUUUCAAAUGUGAUGAUAUUGAAUCAUAUUUCAGUGUUUGUAAGUGGUAUCAAAAUCUAUGCAAGGAGUGUGAUGCACAAGACUUCAAGUGAAUGUGACGCAAACAAGACUGUUGUUUAAGCUGCUUUCGACACAAGACAAAUCAACACAAAGUCGUCCGUGUAAAUUGUCUGUUGACAUCUUUUCGGUCUUUUUCCACAAUGUUUUUUUUUUUUUUAAAGUUUAGGCAAUUUUAUACGUGCACCUUAUGGGCUCAACAAUUGGAAAAAAAUCCACACAGAAGAAACUUUUUUUUUUAUGGUGGUGUGUUUUUGAAUUAAAAAAAAUACAAUAAAACACCAAAUUAUUUGUAAA